GUGGUUGGAUCGAUGGCGCGGGAUUUUAUCUACCAGUCUCUCCGACCUCACACCGACGAUUGAGGACGUGGACGCGGUGCUGGCCGACCUUCCUUCUUCGGCGCCCGGGCCCGAUGGGGUGCCAUUUGUGGUAUUCGGCAUCGCGCGCGCGGUUCUUGCACCGCUGUUUUACGACAUCGUGUUGGGAAUGCUACGGGGCAGUGCCGUAUCUCCCGACGACUUCAAUUAUGCUCUCCUGAUUUGCUUACCCAAGGGUUAUGGCUCGGCGUUCCCAGACGGCGCAGAAUGCUUCGAGGCCAGCAACACCAGACCCCUGUCGAUUGUGGACGCCAGCAACCGUAUCAUCGCUUCCAUUUUCCGGCUGUUCACAGAAUGUGAGUCGAUUUCCUGCCUCGCGUUGAACACCGAGAAAACGGUGUUCAUCCCGUUUUGGAAGUACGCAUCUGUGUCCAACGUCAGAGCCCUAAUCCGGGAGUCAGCGCCGGUUUGGCGCGACAUCGCGGUGUGUUCAGCGGGCAAAUACCUCGGAUUUUGGAUUGGACCUGGCGCCGGCCUCAAGUCGUGGGAGAAGCCGGAUCUCUACAGCUCGAAGGAGACGUUCGGCUUCAAGUACUCCUUCACGAAUAUAUAUUGCGUCGCCUUGGCAGCGAAGCUUGAGGUCAUCGACCAAGUGGCGCCAGACUGCCGCGAACGACUUGCCCUGGCGAUCUACGGGGUGUACCGCACCACGAACCACGUCCGUUUCCACGGGGCGCCGAGGGCAG